CUACUCAACAAUGGAGGUAAUGCUCUAGCAGAGAAAAAAAAAAUCUUCUGCUUAAUCUCUGAAAUCCCAAUUUUCGCUGUUCUAUCUUCUGUUCUAUCUUCUCGAUAAACUUCGCUGGAGAACUUGCGAAGCAGGAGAAUCCGAAAAGGGCUUUUUUUUUUGGUUGAAUCGGAGAUAAUCGGCGAUGGAAACUCCGGACGAGUUAAUGGAGGACGUUUCGGAGGUGGUUCCGGAACGAUCGAGAGGCCCGAGGCUGUUCAUCAAGGAAAUGGUGAUGAGGAACUUCAAGUCCUAUGCCGGCGAACAGCGCGUUGGCCCUUUCCACAAGAGUUUUUCUGCAGUUGUUGGACCGAACGGUAGUGGGAAAAGCAAUGUGAUUGAUGCGAUGCUGUUCGUAUUCGGAAAGCGAGCUAAGCAAAUGCGAUUAAAUAAGGUUUCGGAGCUUAUCCAUAACUCUACCAAUCACCAGAAUCUGGAUAGUGCUGGAGUUUCUGUUCACUUCCAGGAGAUCGUUGAUCUGGAUGAUGGAACAUAUGAAGCUGUUCCUGGUAGCGAUUUUGUAAUUACCAGGGUGGCAUUUCGGGACAAUUCUUCAAAAUAUUACAUCAAUGACCGUGGUAGCAAUUUUACUGAAGUUACGAGGAAACUGAAAGGGAAAGGAAUUGACUUGGAUAAUAACCGUUUCUUGAUUCUUCAGGGUGAAGUAGAGCAGAUUUCUAUGAUGAAGCCAAAAGCUCAAGGACCCCAUGAUGAAGGCUUUCUGGAAUACCUUGAGGACAUCAUCGGAACUAAUAAAUAUGUAGAAAAAAUUGACGAGUCAUUGAAGGAGUUAGAAACCCUCAAUGAGAAGAGAUCUGGAGUGGUGCAAAUGGUUAAGUUGGCAGAGAAAGAAAGGGAUGGCUUGGAGGGUGUCAAGAAUGAAGCAGAAGCCUACAUGCUGAAAGAGUUGUCUCUUUUGAAAUGGCAAGAGAAAGCCACAGCAUUGGCACACAACGAUACCAAUACAAAAAUGGUCGAGUUACAAGAAAAAGUGUCUCACAUAGAAGAAAAUCUAAAGAUUGAAAGGGAGAAGAUUCAAGAAAAUAACAGUGCACUGAAGGAGCUCGAAUCUGUGCAUGAUAAGUAUAUGAAACGACAAGAGGAACUAGAUAAUGAACUCAAAAAAUGCAAAGAAGAAUUCAAGCAGUUUGAAAGGGAGGACGUCAAAUAUCGGGAAGAUUUAAAGCAUAUGAAGCAAAAGAUCAAGAAACUGACAGAUAAAGUUGAAAAGGAUUCAUCAAAGAUUGAAGACCUAGAGAAAGAGAGUGAGAACUCAACAAAUCUGAUACCAAAACUUGAAGAAAACAUUCCAAAACUGCAAAAGCUCUUGGCAGAAGAGGAGAAAGUGCUAGAGGAAAUUAUAGAGAAUUCAAAAGUUGAAACAGAGAGAUACCGAUCUGAGCUUACAAAAGUUCGUGCUGCUUUGGAACCUUGGGAAAAGCAACUGAUUGAGCAUAACGGAAAACUUGAAGUUGCAUGUACCGAAAAAAAGCUUCUGGAUGAAAAGCAUGAAGCUGGUCGUGUGGCUUUUGAAGAUGCUCAAAAGCAGAUGGAAAAGAUAUUGGGAGCCAUUGAAACGAAAACUGCGAGCAUCACAAAAAUUCAGCACGAUCUAGAAAGGAACAAACUUGAAGCACUGGAAGCUCGUAAAGCAGAGCAAGAAUGCAUCAGAGAACAAGAAGAACUGAUUCCUCUUGAACAAGCUACGAGACAGAAGGUUGCGGAACUCAAGUCUGUUAUGGAUUCUGAGAAGAGUCAGGGAUCAGUUUUAAAGGCAGUUUUGCAGGCUAAGGAUUCCAACCGGAUACAGGGAAUAUAUGGUCGAAUGGGCGACUUAGGAGCCAUUGACGCAAAAUAUGACGUCGCCAUAUCAACAUCAUGCGCUGGACUUGAUUACAUAGUGGUGGAGACAACCGGUGCGGCACAAGCAUGUGUGGAGCUACUGCGGAGAGAGAACCUGGGUGUCGCAACAUUCAUGAUAUUGGAAAAGCAAGUUCAUAUGUUACCAAAGUUGAAAGAGAAGGUGCAAACUCCGGAGGGAGUUCCACGGCUUUUUGAUUUAAUUAAAGUUCAUGAUGAACGAAUGAAACUUGCUUUCUUUGCGGCGCUAGGAAACACCAUUGUUGCUAAAGAUCUUGACCAGGCAACUCGAAUUGCAUACAGUGGAAACAAAGAAUUUCGGAGAGUGGUGACACUUGAUGGUGCAUUGUUUGAAAAAUCCGGUACAAUGAGUGGUGGGGGAGGUAAGCCUCGAGGUGGUAGGAUGGGCACAUCUAUCCGGGUCACCAGUGUAUCCGCAGAAGCUGUCGCAAAUGCCGAGAAGGAGCUCUUUAUGAUGGUUGAGAAAUUGAAAAGCAUCCGUGAAAGGAUUUCGGAUGCAGUGAGGAGAUAUCAAGCCUCAGAGAAAACAGUUGCACACUUGGAGAUGGAAUUAGCUAAAACACAGAAAGAGAUUGACAGUCUGGAUACACAACACAAUUAUCUUGAAAAGCAACGUGAUUCCCUGGAAGCAGCGUCACAGCCAAAGCAGGAGGAACUUAAUCGGCUUGAGGAGCUCAAGAAUAUUAUUUCUGCUGAAGAAAAGGUGAUUGAUAAACUCAUAAAAGGGUCUGAGAAGUUGAAAGACAAGGCCUCAGAACUUCAGAGAAAUAUUGAAAAUGCAGGUGGCGAAAGAUUGAAAGCUCAGAAGUCAAAAGUCAACAAGAUCCAGUCUGAUAUCGAAAAAAAUAGCACAGAUAUCAACCGUCACAAAGUCCAAAUAGAGACUGGCCAGAAGACGAUAAUGAAGUUAAGAAAGGGGAUUGAUGACUCAAGGUUGGAGAUUGAACGACUCAGUCAGGAGAAGGAAAAAUUGCGAGACAAAUUCAAAGAAGUAGAACAGAAGGCUUUUACAGUUCAAGAGAACUACAAAAAGAUACAAGAGCUUAUUGAUAAACAUAAAGAGGUACUGGAUAAAGCAAAGUCUGACUACAACAAGAUGAAAAAGACCGUUGACGAAUUGCGAGCCUCUGAGGUUGAUGCAGAUUAUAAAUUCAAAGAUAUGAAGAAGCUGUACAACGAGUUGGAACUGAAGGGGAAGGGUUACAAGAAAAAGCUUGAUGAAUUGAAAAAUGCUCUUACAAAGCAUAUGGAGCAAAUUCAGAGAGAUUUAGUGGACCCUGAAAAGCUUCAAGCAAUCUUGACAGAUGAAACUUUUAAGAAGCCUUGUGACCUUAAAAGAUGCCUUGAAAUGGUCACAUUACUGGAGACACAACUGAAGGAGAUGAAUCCAAACCUUGAUUCCAUUGCAGAGUACCGGAGUAAGGUCUCGGUGUAUAGUGAUCGAGUUGAGGACCUUAACACAGUCACUCAACAGCGUGACAACAUAAAGAAACAAUAUGAUGAAUGGAGAAAAAAGAGGUUGGAUGAGUUCAUGGCAGGGUUCAAUUCUAUAUCUUUGAAGUUGAAGGAAAUGUAUCAGAUGAUCACGCUUGGAGGUGAUGCGGAACUUGAACUAGUAGACUCCUUGGAUCCUUUCUCUGAAGGUGUUGUUUUCAGUGUUAGGCCACCAAAGAAGAGCUGGAAGAAUAUUGCCAACUUAUCGGGUGGUGAAAAGACUCUAAGCUCAUUAGCUCUUGUUUUUGCACUGCAUCACUACAAGCCUACGCCGUUGUAUGUUAUGGACGAAAUUGAUGCUGCACUAGAUUUUAAGAAUGUUUCAAUUGUGGGUCAUUACGUUAAGGACCGGACAAAGGACGCACAGUUCAUAAUCAUAAGCCUUAGGAACAACAUGUUUGAGUUGGCUGAUCGACUGGUCGGAAUAUACAAAACUGAUAAUUGCACGAAGAGCAUUACCAUCAACCCAGGGAGUUUUGCAGUGUGCGAAAAUGCUGCUUGAUGGGUUUGCACGUUUGAUGGCAUUGUUCCGUGAUGACAUGAUUAUCCGUGUUUUGAGCUUGCAUAUAUGUAGAGUUAAAUAUGUAUUUAUAUUUAACUUUUGAGAACCUUUCUAAGUUGUAUGUAUUCUUACACUGGAUAGAAUAUAUGAAUCUGCCUCAUUGGGACCAUUCUAAAACACUUGUCCAAGUGAUAUGAACAAACCGCAACAUUAGCA